AUGAAGCUCUCACCUGUGUUGUGGAGUUGGGUUCUCUCCAGCGUUGCUCAAUAUGCAGGAGCCGCAGCCAUCACCACCCAUGACACUGAUAAAUCAAGCACCACCACUAUCCAUGACCAUGUCCAAAACGUCGACAUCGUCAGGGUUGUUUCUACUAGCCUCUCCACUAGUACACUUCCUCCUGGUGAUAGGACUUCUACCGAGACUUGUAUCACUUAUACCUCCGUGAUCACCCACACCAUCCUUCGUACUAAGAGUGAUGCCGGCACCACCACCGCAACUACUAUCACCGCGCAGCCCCAAGGCACUACAGGCACCACAACUACCAACGUAGCUGGAGCUGGCACUGGCGAAGCGGGUGGUGCAGGCAACACCGGCACUGCAAAUGCACCUUCCGGUGGCUCCUCUACAUCAAGCCAUUCCAACGACAAUGCCUCUGGUGGAGGGACUGGCGGCGGUAGCCAGCCUACAACCAACUCGCCAAACUCCGUGACACUCACUACUAUGAAGACUACAGUUGAUGCCCAGGGUAGCACCCAAGUUAUUCCGGUUGUCAUCACUGCGGCCCCAGCUGGCCAGGGAGGUAAUACCCAGGGUAGCCCUAACCCUGGUACUACGAAUAAUGGUGCAGGCAACACUGCUACCACUACGGUCCCCGCUGGUCAGGGGGGCGCCCAGGGCAGUCAUAACCCUGAUACUGCGGCUGAUGAAGCUGGCAAGACCACCAUAGCCGGAGCAGCCCCAGUUGAUAUAGUCACAACCUCAACGGAUAAACAAGGCAAUGUGAUACCUAUAACCUUCCCUGCAGGGUCAGUCCCAACGACAACCGAUGCCCAGGGAAAUGUCAUUCCUGAUCUGGCAGCUGUCCAAACAUUAACCACAACCACCGAUAACCAAGGGCAUGUCAUUGGGGCUAUCCCUGGCGGCGGCAUCGCAAAUCCGGCUCCAGGUACUACACAGGGAAAUCAAGGAACUCUCCCUGAAGGCAUCAAUCCGGGUCCGACUACAACCAGGCCUCCUCUCCCUGAGGGGCUGGAUCCCUCGGUCACUGCCAUUUCAUUCACCCUGUCUUCCCUCUCAUCUGAGUUCCGCGACCUGAUUCCAGAGUUCUCCUCGUGGGAAAUUGACCCAGAGCCAACUCGUGAGACACGGAUCAUUGAGGGGCUCCAGAAGAUCGAGGAUGAUAUUGAGGAUUUCGCCAAAAGGGUCGGCAAGAAGAUAAGCCCCAAGUGUGCUGAUAAGAGGAAACGGGGGCUAUUCGACGGUCUGUUCGAUCUGGCUGCCAACCUGGCUGCUGAUGUGGCUGGCAAUGCCCUUGACGCACUCAUUGAUGCGUUGAGCUGCAUCUCGGACAACGUGAGGAAGCUGGGGGGUAAUGUCACCAAGAGGAAGUUUAAGCUGGUCAAGAAUAUCAUUUCGAGCUUGAUGAACAGUGACAACCCCAAGAACCCUGAGAAUCCCAAGAAUCCCAAAGAUCCCAAAGAUCCCAAAGAUCCCAAAGAUCCCAAAGAUCCCAAAGAUCCCAAAGAUCCCAAAGAUCCUAAAGAUCCGAAGAAUCCCGAAGAUCCCAAAGAUCCCAAAGAUCCCAAAGAUCCCAAAGAUCCCAAAGACCCCAAAGAUCCCAAAGAUCCGAAGAAUCCCGAAGAUCCCAAGAAUAACCCUACAAACAACCAAGAGUCUACAAAGACGACAACUUCCAGCUCGUCCUGCACGCCCGAUCAAACGGCACAUCAUGUAACUAUUCGCUGCGAGCCAACAUCGAGUGUUGUUGGCAAGUCGACGGUCACAACCACCACCUGCUCGCCAUCAACCACCAUAACAACAACUGGAUGCACCGUCACAGACACCACCACGACUGUCACCGAGACUGCAACCCCAUCUGCCAUUAUCUGCGAGCGUGGAUCCUGCCCCGGCGACGUCGCCGGCGUGAAGGGGCUGUGGGGAUGCACGUCUGUGGUGAUUGUAUCGCGGAAGGGCUUCUACCUGUCGCACAUGUACGAGGGGCCCGUCUUCAUAGAGCGAGAUGAGCAAACAAAAAAGGUCGUCCUGUCGCCAGAGGCCUUCUUUGAGAGGUGGACCAUCAAUGCACUGAUGAACGGUGACUCUGAGUCUCAACAGUUGGACCCGAUCAAGAACUUGAUUGGGACUGGUGCCAACCCCGGUCCGCUGCAUUAUACUCUGUCACCUGAGAUCUUCAUCAUGUCGCCGUAUGCAAGAGGCACCUCAGGAUCCUUGAGGUAUACCAAGCGGAUUGACUGGCUGGCAGACCAGCUUCACAGCCAUCUUUACCCAGCGCCCCAGGCUGAUUCAUAUGGCCAGGAGCCUGUCCUAGUAGGCUAUGAGGUAACAGCGAUGGAGGUAGCCGCUAACCCGAGUUCCCCUCCGGGAAAGAUCAUUGCGGAAGCCUCAUUGCUAAACCACUGGGUGCAGGAAGGGGAUAAGAUGGUUGCAUCUGGCCGCUGGCGGAUGUGGGUUGGUGGGAAGGAGACUGGCAAUCUGGAGUUUUUGGUCCGCGACUCUGCUACGGGGGGUACCAAUGCACGCGUGAAGAGACUGGACGGAGGGGGUAAAGCCCUGGUGUGCCCUACUCCUACUGUCACAACCAGCAAGACAUCGACAUCGAAAUCGACAUCAACAACUAGCAAGAGUUCAACAACUAGUAGCCGUACGACAUUGACCACAACGACGAAGACAAGCUCCAAGUCAACCUCUACAACAACGAAGACAAGCUCGACGUCAGCCUCUACAAAGACGAAAGAUAAAGAUACCCCCACUAAUGACCCAUCCCUGAUCAAGGCUUCAGGAUGCAGAGACGACCACAUCUACCGGCCAAAAGUAACCGCAGACCCAGAGUUCGCCAAAAAGGUAGCCAAGAUGUGUUCUAGCGAGGUCCCCGCGGGUGCCACCAACGCCGAUGGCGACUACAGCUCCGCGUAUUCAUGGUAUGUGGGCAAGGACGACGAGGGAUACUCCUAUAUAGCCGACAUUUGGUGGGAUCCCCCUAAGCAGUGUGGAAUGACGCAAAACCUCCUGAAGCCAAUGGAGGACUGGGACUGCGAGAGGAUCAUGCGGGAGAACUUCAACAGGGCGUGUAAGAAGGGGCUCCAGGCUGAUGAGAUUGGCAAAGGUCGUGGUGGGUUUAUUAAGAUUGGCUGUGUUUAUUAUCAGUCGUAUCUGUCGAAGAGAACUGGCGUCUUCCGACCAAGUUGGCCGGACGAUAACAUGAGCUCCGACGUCUGGGGAAUAUUUUCCACCUCCUAA